CCCUCGCGGCCCUUCCCGGACAGGGCCGGGCCAUGGCGGAAGAGCGGCUCGACAGCCUGGAGGGUUGGGUGGCCGUCAAGGAGAACCUGUUCUCGGAGCCCGAGCGGCCCAAUCUGCGCUUCAUGGUGGCCUGGAACGAGCCCGAGGCCAAGUUCGCCGUGACCUGUCACAACCGGACCCUGCAGCAGCGGCAGCAGCAGCGGCAGCGGCGGCGCCGCGAGGGCCUGGGGCCGGCCCCGGCGGAGGAGGCCGAGGCCGAGGCCGAGGCCGAGGCGGGCGGGCCGCUUAGCUGGGCCGGCCUCUUCUCCGCGGCCGAGCUGCAGGGCGUGCAUCGGCAGCUGGCCGCCGUGAGCCCGCAGCUGGAGGCCUGCUUCCCCGCGCUGCCCCCCGAGCUCGGCCCGGGCCUGUGGGCGCUGCUCUUCCCGGCCGGGCCCGCGCCCGACGAGGCGGCGCUGCAGGAGCGCUGCCGCCAGCUGGAGCUCUACCUGAGCGCCGCGGCCGACAGGUGCGGAGCCAGGAUGCUCCUGGACUCGCUCUUCUGCGCCGACGGCGAGCCGGGGGACGAGUACUUGGAGAACCUGCCCGAAUUCCGGAAGAAGACCCUGCAGGGGCACGUGGCCCGGGCUAAAGAGCGGCUGCAGGGGAUUAUUCACAGGCAUAAAAAUGCUGACAAGAUGAUAGAUUUAAUGAAAGUUUAUGAAGAAGAAGAUGAAGCUUACCAGGAAUUAGUUACUGUGGCAACAAACUUCUACCAAUAUUUGCUGCAGCCAUUCAGGGAUAUGCGAGAGCUUGCAACAUUAUACAAGCUAGAAAUUUCAAAGUCCUUGGAGUUUGAUGAAUUGGGCCCUAAGAGAAUAGAGGCAUUGCAGAAAGAGGCCAAAGAAUGGACCAGACAGGCUGAAGAAGCUGUGACAUCUAUUCAAGACAUCACUGUGAAUUAUUUUAAGGAAACAGUAAAUGCAUUGGCCAUAAUGCGAAAACAGAUGGAGCAGGAUGAAGAAGGAUUUGGCCAAGCCACCUGGGCCUUAGCUGCCCCCAGACUUGAAAAACUGAAGUACAUGUUAGCAAGAGAAACUCUGCAACACAGGAGAGCCAAAGAACUAUGCUUGAAUCGAAAAAGAAUUGAAAUUCAAAAGAAGGUAGAAGGUCUUUCUGAAGUAGAGAAAAAUAUUGAUGUGGUCGAUGAAUUAGAAAUGCAGUAUUAUGAAGUUCAACUUGAGUUGUAUGAAGUUCAGCUUGAAAUAUUGAAGUUUGAAGAGAUGCUGCUUAUUACAGAGCUAGACACUGUAAGACGACUCAUAAAAGAAAAACAGGAUGAAGUUGUGUAUUAUGAUACAUGUGAAAAUCCUGAGGAACUUAAAGUUGUUGAUUAUCUAGUGGGACAACAGAAUUCCCAGAUUUCAGAAAUGAAGACACUCAAGCGGCAAUCUCAGCAGCUAGAGUCCAAGCGAGGGGCCAUUUGUGCAAGAAGAGCCUAUCUCAGGAACAAAAAAGAUCAGUGCAAGGAAAGUCAUCAUCGCAAAUUGCAGCAGGCACAGGAAGACAUAAAGCAAUUUUAUCAGCAUCAUAAUAUUCAGAUGAAAAGAAACAAGAGAAAAGAAGACGAGAAGGAAAAACAAGAGUGGAUAAACCAAGAACGACAGAAAACACUUCAACGCCUAAAAUCAUUUAAAGAGAAACGUCCAGUUCAGUUUGUGCUUAAAACAUCUUGUUCAAAACCAUUUAGUCCAAAAGUGCCCAAAGAUGUUUCCCUGAAAAUCUCAUCACCAGCUUCUCAACCACUGUCAAUAGUCCAUUUAUCUCCUAAGCAAACAAGAAACACUCCUUCAUCCAGAGUCAGAGGUUUGAAAACAUCUAAAUAUAAAGACAGUCCUGGAAAUACCUCUAUUCAGAUUUUGGUUCCAUUUGGAGACCCACCACAUCCAGAACCCAGCAAAGAACUGAUGUCACCACCAGCACCACCUCUUCUUCCUCCUCCUUCUCCCCCACCACCUCCACCUCCACCUCCACCUCCACCACCACCUCUUCCUUCUUCCUCACCCCUUUCAUUCCCUCUGCCUCCACACUUGAUGACACCUGGGAAGGAUGAUAAUCAGCCACUUCCCCUGGUCUGUGAAUCAACUGCUGAAAGAUUAUAUGAUUCCUCUAAAAGUUCUUUAAACCUCUGUACAGGAACUAUGGAUAAAGUUUUGGCUUCUUUAAAGCACGGUGAAAUGCUUCUCCACAAGGUAGAGAAGCCUGCUCUGCCCACUCCAGGAGCUUCAGUCCGAGAUAGCAUUCUGGCUGCUAUAAAGCAAGGGGUUAAAUUGAAGAAGGUUCAUCUAGAACCUGUCACAGACGUCAACAAAGAGUCACCCAAUGAGCUGGAGAGAAGCAUCAAGGCAGCUCUCCAGAGAAUUAAGAGAGUGUCUGCUGACUCUGAGGAGGAUGACGGUGGUGAGCAGAAUAACACAGAAUGGGACACUUAACCUGAUUUGUUGAGGCCAGAGGUUUGCUGGAAUAAUGGAGUUCUCAGGAGAAAGCAGCAUACGCGCAUAGGGACUUUGGAGAAGCAUAUGUACUCAGGGAAGGACAGCCUCCAUAAUUAUUUUUUAAGAUAGCAGCAUUUUAUGCACAAGAACCACUUCACAGGGGUUUUCAUUAUUUUCAUUGUUAUCGAAAUAGAGUAUGCAUGAUUUUUUAAUCUUUUCAUUCACAAAUUAACCAAAGAACCUUUAGAUUACAUUUCAUAGGUGAAGUUUCUGAACAGCCCUGAGGGGGAAAAAAAAAAACAACACUACAUUCAAGAUGCAUAUCUGGUAUGGUUUUCUACCAAAUAAAUUUGAAAAGUGUAAACUCUUCAGUAAAUACUUUGGAUAAUGAAAACAAAUAUCCCCACCUUCGCCCUCCCCAACUCUGUGCACUUUAGAGAGGAAAGGAAGAGAAUUGAGAUUAAAGAAACUGGCAGACAUUGUUGGCACAAGAGACUAGUACUUAUCCAUUAAGCCACGUGCAGUAUAGAAUGUGUUACGCUCAGAUUCUGAAGCGUGUUUCACAUCAGAAAAGUAAACAUUGCCAUUUUACCUUACUGGCGAGGGAAGAGGAGUUUUUUGGAGGUUGGACAGUUUUUGCUGUGGUUCAGAAAUAGUGCAGUUAUAUAAUUGAAAUGAUUGUGUUUAUCAACAUUUUAAUUUGUUAAAACUGAAUAAUUUAUUGUAAGUAACCAGAGUAAUUUGAUGGCACUUGGGAAACAUUUUAAAUAUAGUGUAAAGAUAAUUUAUGUUAUAUUCUCUAGCAUAUCUGUGCACAGAACUGUUUUCAGUACCUCAGUGUUACAUUUAUGGAGAAUGGAAAGCUUAUAAUACCUUAACUGAUAUAAUUUUGUAAUAUGUGGCUACUAAUUCUUUAACAUUUCCAGUGCAAAACUGGCAGCAUAUGAGGUUUAAGAUUCAACAGGAUUUCAACUGAGCCUUUGUUUGGCAUGUACAGUUUUAUUGGGGGGAAAAGUUUCAAAUCAUGUAGUGAAUGUGGGUGGGAAACAUUUCCUCUUAGGAAAUGGCUGCUCUUGGAAAUCAUGUUCCCCCUUUCUGGUAUCUAAACAUAAAAUGAGGAAAUGCGUCCUAGCUGCCCCAUUAAACACCUUGUUUUUGUCUGCGGGGGAUAGAUGCUCUGGUGAUAGGUAGCAUUUGGCUCACACAGUUUUUACUGUGUCAAAAAACACAGUUUGCUAGUUUAAAAACAUUUUAUAUGAAAAAGUUGAAUUUCAUAUAUUUUUGGUGUUUAAUAUUAUAGUAACAUUUUGGUUAAGCUUAAGUAAUUUAAGCUUAAGUAAUUUAAAAUGCACCUUCACCAGCUCUGUAUCUAGAAUGUUGACAAGUGCCUUUUUGUUGGGGAGAAAAUGUGGUGCCUUGGUAAUCAGUUGUAUACUUGGUUAUAGGAUGAUAGAGCUUUCUGUGUUUUAUAACAAAGGCAAAAUUGAAAUUAAAAUGUUUUAACAAUGAA